CACACCCAUCGGCGAGCCGCUCCGGGCGCGAGUCGUCGGCGCCGCGCUGAGCUCCGCCCGCACCGAGCAGCGGGACCCGGGCCGCACCGGGAGGGGCGCCGCGACCAUGAUCGCUUUGUUCAACAAGCUGCUGGACUGGUUCAAGGCCCUGUUCUGGAAGGAGGAGAUGGAGCUCACGCUGGUCGGGCUGCAGUACUCGGGCAAGACCACCUUCGUGAACGUGAUCGCGUCAGGACAGUUCAACGAGGACAUGAUCCCCACCGUGGGUUUCAACAUGCGCAAGAUCACCAAAGGGAACGUGACCAUCAAGCUCUGGGACAUCGGGGGCCAGCCCCGAUUCCGCAGCAUGUGGGAGCGCUACUGCCGGGGAGUGAGCGCCAUCGUGUACAUGGUGGACGCCGCUGACCAGGAGAAGAUCGAGGCCUCCAAGAACGAGCUGCACAACCUGCUGGACAAACCCCAGCUGCAGGGCAUCCCGGUCUUAGUCCUGGGUAACAAGCGAGACCUUCCGGGAGCCUUGGACGAGAAGGAGCUGAUCGAGAAGAUGAAUCUGUCGGCCAUCCAGGACCGGGAGAUCUGCUGUUACUCCAUCUCCUGCAAAGAGAAGGACAACAUUGACAUCACCCUACAGUGGCUUAUUCAACACUCGAAGUCGCGGAGAAGCUGAGGCUGCGGCCCUGCCCCCUGGGACCAGGACCGUGUCCUCCAGACCUGAAGCCGAGCCCCCUGCCCGCCCCGCCGUCCCCCCUGAGCCCUCCCCUCCUCGCUGGGUGUGGGGAGGGGCCUCUGGGGAUCCCAGAGUCCUGUUCUGCUGAGGUUGGAACUCCUGAUUUUACUGUAAAAUAAACUGCUCCCAUCUGGUCCUAACCUCACCCCCCCCCCCCGGCCCCUCCUCCCCCACCACCCUGCUUCCCUCCCUCAGCGGCCCUGGCCCCACAGCCCCUGCCCCCUCCGUCCUGCUCCUCGACGCCCCUCCCAGCACUCUUCUGUUACUGUCUGUGUGUACAGUAUAUAUAUGUAUAUAUAUUUUAACUUUUAAUUUAAGCAAAGACUAAAAUCAACCAUUUGAUGCUGCGGGGGCCAGUCAGGAUCUGGGUGGGCGGUCUGGAGAGAAGGAAAGAGACAUGGGUUGCUUGGGGCAGGCUCAGACCAGGAAGGGUGAAGCCUGGCACCUGGGGCAGGAACCAGCCUGGGCACUGGUGGCCGUCCCAGGUCCUCCCGUUGCCACUCCCAGUCUGGCUUGUCCCUGCGGUGCUUGAAUGUUACAGGCUGACGGGAACCUCCAGAGGUGCCCCUCUCGGCCCCCAGCCUCCGCAGGGCCACCAGGCACAACCAGGAGCCGGAGACCACCGGCCGAAGGGGCAGGAGGCCAGCGUCCCCCCGACCCCGGCUCCCGGCUCCCGCCCCUCCCGGGCCCCCUCCACGGGCCGUGUCAUUUUCUGUUCUCAUUUUGCAGAGUUGCACAAGGAGAGAACUCAGCAGGGGUGGGGGGGUUGGUCCUUUGAGUUUUGUUUUCUGUUUGUUUGUUUAUUUAAUGAUUUGUAAAGUGAUGUUCCUCUUCCUUUUUUUACACUUUUCAGCUCAUAUUUAACCUCUGUUUGGAAGACGAUUCUUGUAACUGUACAUUUUUUUGCCUCCUAAUAACGACAACAAGAAUAAAAUUACCGAUUUUGUGUUGGGGG